UUGCUGGUUCUUCCCCACCUCCUGUCCACCACGGCACCCACGGCUCCCUCACCUGGCCAGGAGAAGAUGUCGGCCCAGGACAACUGUCUCAGCCUCAUCAAGUAUUUCCUCUUCGUCUUCAACCUCUUCUUCUUUGUCCUAGGGAGUCUGAUUUUCUGCUUCGGAGUCUGGAUCCUCAUCGAUAAGACCAGCUUCGUGUCCUUUGUGGGGAUGUCCUUCCUGGCCCUGCAGAUCUGGUCCAAGGUUCUUGCUGUUUCUGGAGUCAUCACCAUGGGUGUUGCCCUCCUGGGCUGCCUGGGCGCCCUCAAGGAAUUCCGCUGCCUCCUGGGUCUGUAUUUUGGGAUACUGCUGCUGCUCUUUGCCAUACAGAUCACCCUGGGCAUCCUCAUCUCUACUCAGCGGGUCCUGCUGGAACGCAAAGUGAAUGAAACGGCCAUAAAGACGAUCCAGAACUACUACAAGGACCCGAAGAACACGGAGGCAGAGGAGAACUGGGACUACGUGCAAUUUCAGCUGAGCUGCUGCGGCUGGAACUCCCCCCAGGACUGGUUCGGGGUCCCCAGCCUGAACAGCAACCAGUCCGGGGAGCACCGAGUGCCCUGCUCCUGCUACAACAUCUCGGCGGUCAACAGCUCCGCCGACCUCCACAGCAUCCUGACGCCCCAGCUCAGCCGCCUCGGGGCACGGACGUCGCCCCGGUACAGCGCAGACCUCUGCUCCAUCGCUGCAGACCAGCGCAUCUAUCAAGAGGGCUGCGCGCGGAGCCUGCAGAAGUGGCUGUACAACAACCUCAUCUCGAUCGUGGGGAUCUGCCUGGGCAUCGGGCUCCUCGAGCUCAGCUUCAUGACGCUCUCCAUCUUCCUGUGCAGAAACCUGGACCAAGUCUACGACCGCCUCUCCCGGUACUAGAGCCCCUUGAUCUCUUGCAGUGUGUGCCCUGGGCACCAUGAUCCUCAGCCUGUAAAUAUUAUCCCUGAGGGCCUCAGACACUGAGCCCCCUGACUCCACACUCCCCUGGGGACCCCGGUGUGCACCAGCCAAGUUCUACUGCUGUCCCCAUGCCCUCCACCUUCCCUCAUCAGGAUCUGGGGUUUCCUGCCACCAACUUCCUGUGGGC